CACAGGGGUUGAGGGGGGGAUGUGGCAGCCUCCCCCCCACCCCCGUUCUCUCCCUGUGCCGGCCACUAGGGGGAGCUUUUGCUCUGAUUUCCCCGCGUUGGAACGCGCCCUGGCAGCUGUUCUGAGCCCCUGGGGCUGCCGUAGGCGGCUUCCCCCGCUGCCAUGGGAACGGAGCCCGGCGUGUGUUGGUGCCUCGGCGCGGGAGCCGGGAGGUGGCGGCUGCUGCCCGGGCCCCGCACUGACCCCGACGUUCACCGCAUCUAUGAUCUCGCCGGCCGGGCCCGAAGUCGCCCCGGCCCCAUCCCCAGCCCUGUCCCGCAGGGAGACGCGCAGGCCGAAGCUGGCCUCGGACAGUGACCUGCGGACCAGCCAGUUGAAGUCUGUGGACCUUAAUCGUGUCAUCAAACUACUUGAAGAUUCCAACUCGAAUGAUGAGGAGGAAAGACAGCUAGAAACUCUCAAGAAAGUGAUGAAGCAGUAUGAGACUGGGCUUCCUCUUAAGGAUUUAGCACAAAUAUUUAAAAUUCUUAACAUAUGUGCAGAAAAAAUUCAGGACCAAGAGGCUUUCAUAGAGCCUACAUGUGAAAUUCUUAAAUUAUGCGGGUUACCAUUUUUAAAGAAGAAAUUAUCUGAUGAAGUCAACUACACCCCAGUUACUUUAGAAUCAAUUGCACAAUUGGGUUACUUAAUGAGGGUGCCAAGCUCUCAAGUGAGGAUACAAAUCUGUAAGUGUAUCAUUAGCUUUUACCAUGCAGAGCCACCAAAAAAACAGCUUGCAGGUUUACACUCUACAAGUGCAAACUAUAAGAUACAGAUGGCUGAAUUGGGAGGUUUAGCAGAAACCCUAGUUUUGUCUCUAGCGUUGGUUGAAAAUCAACUUGCUGAGAAGUUAUGGGUACUUAAAGCCCUACAGCAUCUCUCCACAUCUGGAGUAAAUUGUAAACUUAUGAUGAAAGCUCAAGCAGCCAGCAGAAUCUGUUCUCGUCUAAAUGAUGCCGAUCCCUCUGGACAGCUACUGUUCCGUUCAUCAGAAAUCCUAUGGAACUUAUUAGAAAACACGUCAAAGGAAGAAAUUGUUAAUCAGCUCAGUAACUUGGAAUGUAUAUAUGCUUUGAAGGAAGUGUUUGUGAACUUACUCAUGCAUGGUUUCCGUCACUAUGAUCGCCAGCUAAGAAACGACCUCUUAGUAAUAGCCACUCUCAUAGCUGAAAACCCUGGAGCACCAAUGAUUGAAAGUGGAUUUACUAAGCAGUUAAUACUAUUAGCAACGUUUAGUGAAGUUAAAAGCCAUAAUCCUUUGGUAAAAGGUUUUAAGCUUACCUACAGUUAUGAAGACUUUGAGCUGAAAAAAUUGCUGUUUAACAUGGUUGCAGUCUUAGCGAAAGAUCUGUGUGCAGUACAGCUGCUAAAUGAGGGUAAAGUGGUGCUGGCUUUGUUUCAUUAUGUCAAACCAAAUGAAAAGCCUGGUGUACAUGACUGGUCUGUUGCCCAAUAUGAAGAAUUACAGCUUCAUGCAAUUGCUACAUUAGCUUCAGUAGCUCCAUUGUUAGUGGAUGACUAUAUGACCUGUCAAGGGAAUACUCGUCUCCUUAUGUUUCUAGAAUGGUGCGUGGGCCAAGAUCCCUUCUUCGGUCAAGGUAACUGUUUCCAUGGUGCAGGUGGUCGUGGCAACAAACUUGCACAGAUGCGCUAUAGUCUGAGAGUCCUGAGACCUGUGGUGUCCCUUUGUGAUGAAGCUGUGAAUCUCGAUCUUUGUGAUCAGGGAGCAAUUAACCAACUGUUGGAUAUCUUAAAGCAUAUAACAAACAAAUCUAAAGAAAAAGAAGAUGCCAUUGUACUGGAAAUUCAAACUGAUAUAUUACUUAUCUUGUCUACUCUCUGUGAAAAUGAUCUUCAUAGAAAGGAACUGUUUGGCUGUGAAGGAGUGGAUAUACUUAUUCCAUUCAUGAAGAUGGAUCCAAAUAAGUUAUAUAGUGGAUUAGGGCAUAAUCGACUCCUUUUUAGCACAUUAGACAGUUUGUGGUGCUGUGUCAUGGGAUGUUACAUCGCAGAGGAUUAUUUUCUCGAAAGAGAGGGCAUUUUUCUCCUUCUGGAUUUGUUGGCAUUAAAACAAAAGAACAUAUGCAACCUAAUUCUUGGAAUAUUGGUUGAAUUUUGUGACAAUUCUAAAACUGCUUCUCACAUCAACACCUGGCGAGGGAAAAAAGAUCAGACGGCAGCUAGCCUUUUAAUACAUUUGUGGAAACGAGAGGAGUUGGAGCUGGGAGUCAAACAUGAUCAAGAUGGAAGAAUUGUUGAUGCAAAGAAACCUUUAGUUGGCAGCUUCCAAGAACAACAAGGAGUGAUCCCAAUGCCUGCCAACUGCCCCAGCAUUGCUAUCAUGGAAGUGUCUGAAAAUAUGAGGGCAAAAAUUUAUUCCGUAUUAUGCAAGCUAGGCUUUGAAAAUUUGCCUGGUUUGUCUGCUAAGGAUUUUGUCACACUUGCUAUCAUACGUCGAUAUCUUGACUUUAAAGUCGGAGAAGUCUGGAGUGAAAUAUGUGCAGAACUAAAAGAAGAAACAUUCAGACCAGUCACUCCUGAUGAGGAAGCCUUGAAAGUUAUUUCAGAGGCAUCAGAAAAUGUUGGAAAGAUGGUUGCCACUCUCCAGACUGAAAUGCUUGAAAGUCAACAGCACCAGGAACUCCAGGAGGAACAAAAGGUUUACUCCAAGAUUCAAGCUAUCCAUAAGCAGAGAGAAAUGGUAAAUAAAUCCUGGGAAAAUUUCUUAACUCGAACAUCAAAUUAUGAGGCUUUAAAGAAAGCAAAAAGACUUCAGGAAAAAUCAAUAGAUGCUUCUAGAUCAAAGUCAAGACCACAGAAUGCAACGCUCCACUCAACUGAAAUUAAAGGCCUGAAUACGACAAUUGCAUCUGGUCGCUUGGUAACUAUAGAAAGUACACCUUCUGAAUUAACUGGAGGGCCUCUGGCUGACACAGACCUUGCUCUUAGAAAGCUCUCUGUUCGUGGAGGAGCCUUAAAAAAGAUCAAAGGAGUUAAAGUGUUGGACCCAUUCAAGAAAGAUUCAGUAUCCGUAAAGUAAACAUUGUCCUGUACUGUUUCAGACAGUGCUUUGUAUUUUUUAAUUAAUAUAUUUCCCAAACAUCAUUUGUAAAAUAUAAUCUAUUUGUAUUUCUUUGGUUAAAUAUAUAGAAGAUCUUGAUAUUAAUUAUUAUAGAUGAAAAUAUAUUUUUGCUUUACAAAAAAUGUGAA